GUUGUUUUUCAACCUAUGCACAGGUACAUUCCCGCUAAGUACAUCUAUCGAAUGCCGACUUCUGCAAUAAUGUGGACGGAUCAGAACACACCUGCCUCAGAUUCCUCGUUUCUAGUGGCUGCUAAAAGGUUCGAAUACACAGCGUUUAUUGCUGCAACCCUCUAUCAAAACAACGAAGUGACACAACGCAGAAUUUCUCACAACCCUUUUGCUGAAAGGGUUCCGGGAAGGACGGAAGGAGACCUAACGGACGUCAAAAGCGCAAACGCUCAGCGAGCUAUCUCCGAAAACAUCUGCUGCGUCAACGCCGGGUAUCUCACCUAUGUCCGCUGA